UAACUGGGUCGAAAGAAGCUACCGGCUAAAGCGGUUCAUAUGUAUGGGUAAACUUGGAUUCAGCAAGGCACACAGAACUCGACAUUGCAUAAGGGUGACAUCACAUCAUUUUGAAAUUCAUCCGCCCACUUACCUUGGGGUCUGUAAUUGGAGAUUUUUACCUAAGAUUGACGAUAUAACUGGCUCGAUGGAAAACAAUCUGUCUAGUUAUGAUUAGAAGGUGAGAUAAUUGACUGGAAGCAUAUCACAUCUCAGAGUAAUUACCUUAUGCAAGCGGUGAGUGUCGACUAGAAUCAGUUGAUUCACUGUAGAAUCAAUUUCUCAGAGACUUCUAAUUUCAACGAAUACUACUCGACUGCUCCAAUAGAAGCUACGAUUAUAAUCGCAAAAACUACUCUUAACAGAACGUAUGGUUUAUGAUAACUGUAAGUCUGAAUGCACUCUUUAUGGUUUUAUGGAAAGGCGUUUCCAAGCAGAUGCGUUUUUCAAAUAGUCGAACUCUUUGUCUGUAAAUCAAAGAUUACGAUCAUUAUCACAACACACUCAUCGUCUUAAGCAUCGUCGUUAGCGUCACCGUUUACAUCGACGUCAAUCUAACUAUCUUCGAAGUAAACUAAAAUAUUUCAUCGUCGGGAACAUAGUCCUUAGCGACAUCGCUCACGAUAUCAAUAUCAUCUACGCAUAGCACAACAGAACUUCACGGGCACAGCGUCAUUUUCGUUCACGAGGUCAUCUAUAGCAUACCACAAUAGAACUUCACGGGCACGCGUCAUUGUCGUUCACGAGAUCAUCUAUAGCAUACCACAACAGAACUUCACGGGCACAGCGUCAUUGUCGUUCACGAGGUCAUCUAUAGCAUACCACAACAGAACUUCACGGGCACAGCGUCAUUGUCGUUCACGAGGUCAUCUAAACAUACCACAACAGAACUUCACGGACACAGCGUCAUUGCCGUUCACGAGGUCAUCUAUAGCAUACCACAACAGAACUUCACGGACACAGCGUCAUUGCCGUUCACGAGGUCAUCUAAACAUACCACAGCAGAACUUAACAGGCACAGCUUCAUUGUCGUUCACGAGAUCAUCUACGCAUACCACCGACAUCACUUCCCAGCUAGCAUGGGGUGUGGAUCGAGCCACACUCAGACCGCAUUGAUUCGUGACAUGUACCGUGAGCCAAGCGAGUUUGAUACAUGUACCUCCGUCAUCUCGGGGAGGGAGUACAGAGGCGAACCAGACGGGAAAGAAGUCUCAUCGGCAGUUGGUGAUCCUCAGACCAAGAGUGAGCUUCUCCAUGCGAAUAGGAAGCCGGCUUCAAGAUCACCUUUUCCUCAAAGAAGCGAAGACAAUGUCGGCAGAAACAAGUCACCUGGAAAACCCGAAACCUAUAAAAACGGGAAAAGAGUAAACUUCACGGCUCUGAGUGAACACAACGAGCACGAUGUCGGUGGUGAUCGACAUAAGACGACGAGGACCGCGAACACGGCUGACAGUGUAAGGGUAGACCUCGUGCAUGAGGUGUCUGCUAUGAGAGGAGUACCUGACGAAGACCGGGAUUUCCUCGUAGCGACGUAAUCCUUGGUUGUAUCAAAUAUACCCGUGAAGCGGCCGGAACGAUUCCAGACGUUGAGGUCGCUCUGCAGAGUGGCCAAGGUAUCCGACACGGUAAGAUUUACGCAUGGGCGCAAUGUGUCUCGUCAAGAAGUAGGAGCGCUCUAGUCCUCUAGCAGAGGUCUCCUCUUCCUCUAGCCUUCUUGUGCCUGAGACUUGCCAGAUUAUUCCUGUAUUCUCCUCAUCUCAACAGUUGAGCAGUGAUUGGAGGAAACAUAAACAAGCUACAGAAGGCGUCAGAAUCUUGUAAUCUUAUUCGUCAAAUUCAUCGAACGAUUAUCACCAUUGAAAUGGACACUGAAGAAGAAAAGCGAAUGAUAUAAAGUAUUUAUAUAUUUUUGUAUCAAAUUGGAACUUCCUGAAACUUAAUCGCACCUGCAUACAGAGAGACAUUCUUGGAAAACGGAGCAGUGGUUAAUGCUGUAUAGGUGUUUGGUUAACAAUAUUCAUGAGCCCAAUCUCGAUUGUAAUUCAUGGACCACGAUAUAAUUGGUAAUGGUGCUCAAGUUAUGAAGGUAUAGGCCGAAACUUCAAGUUCAAACAUAUCAUUUUCUUUUAAUUUUUAUAAAUAAUAUGUAAUCAAUUCAUCGUAUGUAAAUAGAUUGUAACCAUUUUUUUUAAAACAAAUAAAGGGCCCCGAGUCUUUGAUGAUAUGCCAUCAUGUUUGUGUUGAUUAAAGGCAGUGUAGUGGCUUCGAAGGGACACAGGGCAUAAUUAUGUACCCCCCCCCCUCCACCGGGCAAGCAAAAAGGAACAAUGAAAAGAGGAGAACAGAAUACGGUAAACAAAGGCAACAUGAAAAGAAGAUAAUAGGACCCAUCCACCACCCUCCCCUAUAUAAUUAUGUGUGACUUUAUUAAUUCGCAUCUCAUACACAUAAUAACACCACCCCUCUCUCUCUCUCUCUCUCUCUCUCUCUCUCUCUCUCUCGCUCUCUCUCUCUCUCUCUGUCUAUGUCUCUCUCUCUCUCUCUCUCUCUCUCUGGUACAUGUGCCUCUAGAAACUAAUGAUACACCGCUGAAUGGAAUAACGUGUCACCGGGCUAGCUUAAUCCAAUCAAUGUGUCACUCAUAAGAAACGCAACGAACGCAAUUACAAAGACUCUCAAGACACCAACAUCGGGCAAUUAUACCACUACAGCCUUAAUUGUGCGCCAUGCUUUCAAACUUGCGAGCUUUAUUUACAAUGACAUACGCAAAUAUGAUUUAUUCCAGGCAAUAAAAUAGGGUAGGCCUACUGCAAAAUGCCAUAUAGAUGAUUUCUUGAAAAUCUUUGCGAUUAUGUUGAUUGUAGGUAGCAGAGCAAUGUUCGCCAUGUAUGUGUCUAUAUUUUGCAGGGUUAUCAAUAUUCGUUCAGCUGUAUUAAAUUGACAUUUUGGGCCAAAUCUGACCUAAAUGGUGUUAAAAUACAUUUAUGUUGAAAAACGAUUAUGGUAAUUAUUUUAUUAGAUGUUCUUUGUAUCCUAUGAUUGACAUGGCGCGAUUGUUGUUGUUGUUGCAUUUUCAUGGACAUUUUAAAUUUCAU